AUACACGCGUGACAUUUUCGAAUGAUUCUCCAAUUCCUCAUAUUUUAGAUAUUGACUUGGAAAGCUUCACACGUGCGAGUGGGAAUCAUCUAUUUAUACUGAAUACGGUACAAUGGAGAUCAAGCAGGUUUUUCUAAAAACGCGCGCCGAAUUUGGUAAACAAUGCAUUUUCGACAUAUGUGGUCCGCACUUGGACGAAGAGAUCAAGCCAGAUCCCGACGCUAUGGCCCAUUACAUUAUUAGAUCUCACUCCAACGUCGGCGUGCAGCACACCAAACAGUUUGCCUUACACGAGGCCCAAACUGUCGGCAGCCAGACGAAGAGUAGUGGAAUGUUUCACUUCGAGGGUGGUUGGCCGAAGGAAAUCAAUCCGAAAGACGAGGAAGUUACAGCAAGGUUUCGCAGACGAGUCGAGAAGGAGGAAGAUUGGGCGCCGAAAUUAUUGAAUUUAUUUCAAAAAAUGGAGCGCAAUGUCCUUCAAAAUGGCGCACUUAAUAUAUACGAACACUAUUUCGACGAUAUGAUUCCUACAGAAUUAGUGAAACCUCGUGGUCUCAGGACAGUGAACGUCUACGAGGAUCCUCAAACGCCGGUGAGAUCGGUGAACAAUAUUUCUUGGUCGCCAGACUCUGGCAGUAAAAUGGUGGUCUCGUACUGUUUCUUUGGAAUCGAGCCAGAUUACAGCAACAUUGCGUACAUCUGGCAAAUUGACAAUCCAAAUAAGCCAUGGAUCGCAUUGGAGGCUCCAUCUGCCACGGUGGUCAGCGAGUUUAAUCCCCGAGAUCCUUCCAUACUUGCUAGCGGCUUGGUGUCGGGCCAAGUUUGCAGCUGGGACGUCAGGACUGGCAGCACUCCGGUUCAAAUGUCUCAUCGUCAAUUCAGUCAUAGGGAUUGCGUGACAGCAGUAAAGUGGAUUGCCACGAAGAGUAAUACGGAGUUUUUCUCGGGUUCUUCGGACGGCCGUGCUAUGUGGUGGGACACCAGGAAGUUGCGUGAACCAACCGAAGUUCUCGUGUUCGAUCUUCAGACGCCAAAUGAGCAGAAGAUAGAUCGGGCAAUUGGAGUUUCAUCAAGCGACUACGAACCCUGCGUGGGCACGAAGUUCAUGUUUGGUUUGGAAAACGGCAUCGUGAUCAGUGGGUCGAAAAAAUCGAGAACACCGGCCGAGAAAAUGGCCUUGAGGUUCAACGCUCAUUACGGCCCGGUUUUUUCCGUCGAUCGCAGUGGCUUCAAUCCGAAAAUCUUUCUAACUGUAGGCGAUUGCACAGUUCGCGUUUGGGCGGAAGACACUAAGGACAGUAGUCUUGUAUCGACGAGAUUUAUAAUAGAAGGCCCACAAUGUGGCUGCUGGAACAAAACAAGACACUCUAUAUUUUACGUAGCGACGCGUGUCGGCGUGCUGGCUGUAUGGGAUCUUCUAAUAGGACUACAAGAACCAAUCUUGUCAGUAAAACUAUGCGAGCAAAAAUUAACUGCGGUUGCGUCACACGAGAUGGGGUCUUUACUGGCCGUCGGAAACUCUGCUGGCAAUGUUUAUCUCAUCGAGUCGACGGAAGCGCUAUAUUCGUUUGAUAAAAAUGACAGGAACGAUUUUACGUCGUAUUUGGAGAGGUGUUCUCGUUUUGUAAAAGCAAUAGACACGCGUAUGAAAGAAAUCAAAUUAGCGAGAACCGCCAUAGAGGAAACGUCAGAGCUUGCGUUGAUGGAUCCGAGAGAAAAAAAGAAGGAUAAACGAUUAAUAAACGAUCGUAAUAAACGAAAGGUUGAAAAAGAAAAGUUAAAAGAACCACGAGAGAGAACUAGAAUUAUAUCCAAGAGAAAGCCUAAAGAUGAGUUUCCCGAGCUUCAAGAAGUGGAGGACAAAUUUCUUGAGAUUGUAAAAAAGGAAAAACAAAAAUAUGAAGAUAUUGAGGAUUUAGAUAUUUUACCUUCGAAAGUGAGUCGUAUCAUAAAAAGAGUCACCAAUCGGAAAAUCGAAAAGAAUUCGCAUUUGCCGAUAGAUGAAGCAACAGGACUCGAGACGAAAAUAUCACCCAAGAAAAUAUUAUUCAAAGAGCGAGAAAAAUAUCCAAAGAAAACCGAGACCAUCGAAAUUUCUAAGGCGGAAAUAGCGCAAGACGUUGAACAGGAGAAAGCAAUGGCGGAAGAGCCCUUGCCUUUGUUGGCGGAAGAGCCCUUGCCUUCGUUGGUGAAAGCGAUUGUAGAAUCUCCUAUGCAGGAAAUUAGCAAGAGAAAGCGCAGAAAGAAGGUGCGGAAAAAACGACCGAAACCCGUCAUUUUCAGGUUGGCGAAGCCAUGUAAAGUUGUUUGCAAACCUGACAUUUGCUGCCGCAAGAUUGCAUUUAGAAAAACUAGGUUUACAGAUCGAACAGUCAAAGAUCAUGAGAAAUGGGGCGAGGUCGACAAGAGAAUGAGAUCGAAGGAUGACAUCAGAGCGAAAUCGUCAAUCAAGGACAAAAUGAGACGGAAGAAAAGAGAAUGCUGGACGAAAUUCCUGCGCGUUCAUAAGCGUAGAGAGCCGACUAGAAAGUACAGUACAGAAGAAAAAAUUCGUUUCCUUCAAAAGAUGAUAGUACCGCUUGAGGAAUUCGCCGACAUGACGGAAGAUGUGAAGAAAGCUAAAAAGGAGAUCCAAGAAGCCAACAUGGCAAGGAAGCUCACCAAGAAAGCUUUGAAAAGCAGUGCUGCAGUAGCGGAAAAAUCUCGAGACACCCCAAGAGGAUCGGGAAGGGGUAAGGAAGAUUUUGCCAAGGAGGUCAUGAGUACGACGAAGAGGAUCCUUACUGCACGAAAGGCAAGGAAGGUGUGUCGUACGGUCGUCAUGACAGAUCCUUGCGUUCCCUGGGAACCACCCUCGCUUGCGGAAGAUCUGCAGAUACUUUUCGAAGGUCUUCCGCCGAAAUCGAUUGAAAAAAAGACAAAACCUGGCGUGGCUAUGGAAGAGAUCGAAGCCACUCGCGUUAGAGUUUAUCCAUGGAUUUCCGAUUUCCAAUCCAUCGAGUAA